AUGGGACUCAGAAGCUGUACGCACUUCGCCACGCUGGUUAUGCCUCUCUGGGCAUUAGCCUUCUGCUUCUUAGUGUUGGUGCCGGUGCCAGCGCAGACGACUAGUCUGCAAAUCUCAAAGGGGGAUCGGCGACUACAGGAUUUGGAGUCAAAUAUGGGUGCGGAAUCCGAUCAGCCCAAUGCGAAUUUGGUUGGAACUUCGCUCUCUCGAUUCGGGGAUAAGCGUAAUCAGAAAAUAAUUACCUUCGGUCGGAGAGUACCUCGCCCAAUAAUACCAAUUGAAUUAGAUCUCCUUAUGGAUAAUGAUGACGAAAAUACUAAAGCUAAGCGGUUUGAUGAUUACGGUCACAUGAGGUUUGGCAAAAGGGGGGGUGAUGAUCAGUUUGAUGACUACGGACACAUGCGCUUUGGUCGGUAA